CUGGGACAAAGUUUAAAAUAAGCAACCUCGAAGCCAUGACUUGCUUCUCUUCCUCUCGCUUCCUUCACUAGCCUUCCCCAUUACUGUGCUUCAUCCUCCUCCUCGCCAUGACGAAGCGAACUAAGAAGGCCGGAAUUGUUGGCAAAUAUGGCACACGAUAUGGUGCCAGUUUGCGGAAGCAAAUCAAGAAAAUGGAAGUAUCACAACAUGCCAAGUAUUUCUGUGAGUUCUGCGGGAAGUAUGCUGUGAAGAGAAAAGCAGUUGGAAUCUGGGGAUGCAAAGACUGUGGAAAGGUGAAGGCUGGGGGUGCUUACACCCUAAACACUGCUAGUGCUGUUACCGUGAGGAGCACGAUUAGGAGGUUGAGAGAUCAGACCGAAGCGUAAACUGAUGAAGGCAUCAUCAGCCAAAUCUAUUUCCCUUGAAAUUAAGAUUUUUGUUUCAUGUUAUUUAGUUCACUGGUUUUUGUUUAGACUUUUGCAUUCUGACAAUCAGCUUAAUUGAUUUGUGACAAAUUGAAUUCCUGUGUGAUUUUGGAACA